GUCUCCUCCAUCUCACCAAACGUCGGGCAAGCAUGUCUCCAGCCGGCUACUGAGGCGAUAUCUGUAGAUAAUUACUGUGUCCUGCGAGCCGAACUGCAACACAAUGGAGGCCGUCAAAGCCUUUAACAAUGAGCUGUACUCAUUGAAUGAGUACAAGCCUCCCAUCUCCAAGGCCAAGAUGACUCAGAUCACCAAGUCUGGAAUCAAGGCAAUAAAAUUCUACAAGCACGUAGUCCAGAGUGUGGAGAAGUUCAUUCAGAAGUGCAAGCCAGAGUACAAGGUCCCCGGGCUGUAUGUCAUCGACUCGAUUGUCAGGCAGUCGCGGCACCAGUUUGGCACAGAGAAGGACGUCUUCGCGCCGCGCUUCAGCAAGAAUAUCAUCGCCACGUUCCAGCACCUCUACCGCUGCCCUUCAGAUGAUAAGAGUAAGAUAGUGCGAGUGCUGAAUCUGUGGCAGAAGAAUGCCGUCUUCAAGAGCGAUAUCAUUCAGCCCCUGCUGGACAUGGCGGCAGGGAUCCCUCCUCCCAGCGUCACACCUGUUAUGCCCAGCAGUGCUGCACCAGUCAACAACACUACACCUGGCACACCAGCUACACCCGCCACUCCAGCCAACAUCGUCCAGAGUCUCCCUGACUGGGCCUCCCAGAUCACCAACACCGACACCGUGGCGGCCGUCGCUCAGAUCCUACAGAGCCCCCAAGGCCAACAGCUCCAGCAGCUGGUGCAGAGUUUGCAGAUGCAGCAGCAGAAGCCUCAGCCGUCCCUGCUGCAGGCCUUGGAUGCCGGCCUCGUGGUACAGCUGCAAGCGCUGACAGCUCAACUCACCGCCGCUGCCACAGCCAACAGCCUCAACCCAUUAGAACAGAGGGUCUCUUCGUUUAAUAAGAAACUUUUGGGUCCAUUUGACUUUGGGAAUGAUUCUGAACGAAGUGACGAAUCGAAAAAAGACUCAUCUUCAUCGCAGUUGCCCAUAGUGUCUGAGCCCAUCAACAGCUCACUCUUCCAUCAGUUGGCAGAGCAGCUCCAACAGCAGAACCUGGAGCAGUUUCAGAAGCAGCUGCUAGAGCACCAGCAGAAGGCAAUGGGCAUAGAAGGGCAAGACUCAAUAUUUGGUCAAGACAACUCGACUGCUCAGGGCAGCAGUCAGCCACAGCAUCCGGACCAAGACACUAAGAUGGAUGACUCCAUAGACAACCAACAGCAGGACAUGGAUCUGGACGAAGGCCCCGAUGGAAUGGAGGAGGAGAUCUUCGAAGCAGAGGACAAGAAGACUUUAAGCGCACGGUCCAGAACACGCUCAAGGUCACGCUCACGGUCGCCAAAGAGGAGAAGGUCCAGGUCCCGCUCCGGCUCACGGAAGCGUAAGCACCGCAAGCGGUCGCGCUCACGCUCCAGAGAUCGCAAGAGGAAGUCGUCGCGGUCGUACUCAAGUGAACGGCGCGCCCGAGAACGAGAGAAAGAGCGGCAGAAGAAAGGGCUGCCUCCCAUACGAUCCAAGACCCUGAGUGUGUGCAGCACAACCCUGUGGGUGGGCCAGGUGGACAAAAAGGCCACUCAGCAAGACCUCACCAAUCUGUUUGAAGAGUUUGGCCAGAUUGAGUCGAUCAAUAUGAUACCUCCCAGAGGCUGUGCUUACAUCUGUAUGGUCCACAGACAGGAUGCGUACCGCGCCCGCCAGAAGCUCAGCACAGGCUCCUUUAAGAUUGGCUCCAAGAUCAUCAAGAUUGCAUGGGCGCUGAACAAAGGAGUGAAGCAGGAGUACAAACAGUUUUGGGACGUGGAUCUGGGAGUUACCUACAUACCGUGGGAAAAGGUCAAGCUGGAUGACCUGGAUGGCUUUGCUGAGGGAGGGAUCAUUGACCAGGAGACCGUCAAUGAUGAGUGGGAGGCAGCCAAGAAUUCUGAACCACCAAAGGAAGCCCCCAGUCAGGCUGCGAGCUCUGAGACUACAGCAGCAGCGCCGAAUGCCCCAGCUGAGGCCUACAGCCAGCAGGUUACCAUGAUGCCAGUGCAGCUCCCAGUGGCCCAGGCAGUUCCCAGUGCAGUAGGGUUGGUGCCUCCUACUUUCCCUGUCACUAUGGGCAUCCCUCCACCCGGGUACGGGCCACCUCCACCUUUUAUAAGGGCUGGAUUCAAUGCUUCACAACCUCCUCCUGGUUUUAUGCAGGCUGCACACACUGCAGCAAUGGCCUCAGUCACUUCUUCUCUAGUGCAGCCUUCAGUGGCCUCCAGCCAAGAUGGUGUCAAGGAAUCACCGUUCAGUGCAAUGAUUCCUCCAACUAGCACCAUUCCUGGCAGCUUCAUGCCCUCAGCCCUCCCCGGAUCCGGUGUGUUCAACCCAGUGGGCGUCCCAACUCAGCAAGCCUCCAAUGACAAGACUCAGCAGUCCGCAGAGGGAAUGGAUGCUGCAGAGCUCACUCUGCAGGGUAUGCAGAACGCAGUGCGCAGUGGGAUGGGCCUGCUUGGCAUGCACCCCACAGCUUCCCUCAGCCACCAGCUGCAUCAGUCUGGGUUGGGUGGGCAGAGGAUGCCCGGCCUGCUGCCCCUCGACGUGCGGCCCAACCUCCUCCAGCCGGGGGCCGCCGCCCGCUUCCCGCUCCUCAUGCCGCAGGGCCCCACCCAGCCGGCCCCCGGCCUCCUGGACAGCUCCCUCCAGGCCCGCGCUCGAGCGCCCUUCGCCCAGCUGGACCCCUUCAACAGGGCCGCCAACAUGGCCAGUGACAGUCUCCCCAAAACACAAGAUGAACCUGUUUCUGGAACUGACGAGGGCAAAGACCAGGACUACCGCUUCCCUCCGAUGGAGAAGCCGAACGCGGGCCUGCUGCGAACCCCUCCUGUAGACCACCGGGAGCCCCUGGGAGGAGGCGGGGGAGCAGCAGCACCGGCAGUAGGAGGGGGAGGCAGGCCCCCCUUGCUCCAGACUCCCGGGUCUCAGCCAGCCAGAACCAGCCUCGUCGGACGUCUCCAGGCUCUGGCAGGUUUCACACCUGAUAACCGCUGGAAUCAAACCAGAGGGGACUUCGAUGAGCGGGAUGGCAUGCGGGGAGCGCCGCAGGUCCCGGGCGGUCCGAAAGGCUUCCAAGAGGAGCGCCCCACACCUGGGCAGAACUUCCCCAAUCGCUUUGAGAGCCGUCCCGGGGCCACAGGUGUAGCGGCCAGCGUGAACGCCGGAGCUGUUGGAGGGCCGCCGGCUUGGAACCGGAGCGGUGGCGCCCCGGGCCCUUUUGACACCGAGCUGCAUCAGGACCUGGACGAGCGGAGACGCCCGUGGGACAGGCAGAGAGACAGAGACGAAAGAGAUUUUGACUUCCGGAGGGAUAUGAACGGCAGUCGCCACAGUCGCGAGAGAGACCGCGAGAGGGAGAGAGAGAGGGAGCGAGACAGGGAGCGAGGCCGAGAGCGCAGCAGAGACCACGAUCGGGAGAGAGAUCACGACAAGGAGCGGGACCGCGACAGGGAGCGCGAGCGUGGCGGCUGGACACCCCUCCUCCCUCUGCCCACGCCUCUGCUUCCAACUCCACCUCUGAAUCCCAACCUGACACUAAACCAAGGCAAACUGCUCGCCCCGCUCAAGCUGAGCCCUCAGGUUCAGCCUCGAUUCCAGUCCCCGCUUCUGCCUCAGGCUCAGGCCAAGCCCUCGCUCCUCGGCCUGAAUCAGCCCGCCCCUCAGGUUCAGAUCAAGUCUCCGCCGCCUCCAUCUCAGAGCCAAGCAGCUGUUUCCAAGCCCGAGACAGAGACCCCGACUCAGUCUGAGGAGCCUCAGGAGCAGCCUCCAUCUUCAGCCCAUUCGCCCGACAACGCGGUUCAGAGCACGCCGGCCGAGACUCCCGUUCAGUCCGAGUCGCCGCCGCAGACGGAGACCCCUCCACACUCAGAUUCGCCAUCCCAGCCUGAAGCCCAGUCUCCCCCCAAAGCCACAGCUCCUCCAGAAACAGAGCCCAGCAGCCAUGCCUCUGUGCUUCCCGAGGCCUCACCCCAGGACUCACCUGUGGCCUUCACGCAAGCUGCAACCCCCCCAGAGGAGACGAGUCGGUCUCCGGAGGAUCAGCAAACCCCGCCCAAGGAUGAGGAGGACUCUGAAGAGAGAGCCUCCUCCUCCGCCCCGCAGUGGGUCAAUGGACCUGGGAUGGACAGUGUGGCCGAGCCCACCCCGGAGGCCUCCCCCGAGCCCUCACCCGAAGCCUCUCCGGAGCCCUCUCCCGAGCCCCCCGUUGAUCCCCAGCCCCCCAAAAGCGAGCCGGAGCCGCAGCAGGAGCCGCUGGCCUCUCCUAAGGACGUAGACAGUGAACAGAGUGAGCCGGUGGAGGAAGCUGCGAGUCAGCCAGUGGUAGACACUGUCACAGACACUGAGGGGACAUAAUCAUCACUCAGUAGGUAAAAGAUCAUUUUGUAUAGUUGUCUCUUCUUCUCUGUACUCAUGUCAGCAAACUACCACCUCCACCACAUGGGACAUGGCGAAUUACUGACUCACACCAGUUAUUGUCCGAUAACCAGUAACAGAUGAUUUUAUUUCUCACAAAUACCAUUGUACUUAAAUAGAAGGCUCGUUAGCUGAUUUAUUGAUAGUAAAUUUUGUUUGUAUUUUAUUUCCUUUUUCCUUUUUUAAGUUGUAACUCAACACCACCCAUUUUAAUUAUUCUAAGCGUGUUGGAUUUUACUGAACUGCCUGCCAAAAUGUUUCAAUUGUAUAUGGGGAAAAAUUAGCUUUGACCUUCCUAUGGAAGGAAGUGAGACAUCCUGGCUGUUAGACGAUGGGUUGAACGGAGGUAUACUUGAAAAUGGCAGCUGCUGGCCCCGUUUCUGUCUUCUCUUCUUUUAAAAUGCUGCUGCGACGUUUUCAUUGAAUGCUUUUAUAGUGUUCCGCAAUGCUCUCAAAGUAUGUUUUUAAGCAGAACAAAUGGCUCACGCAGAGCGCCACCAGUACAGCUGCUUCUAAUUGGGAGAAAAAAAAAAGUCUUUAUAAAUUAAAAAUAUAAAAUUGUAUCCCCAAAAUAAAUGUCUGUUAUUUGUUUAUAAUUAUACUUUGAACACAAAUCAUCAAUACCAUGCCAGGGGGGAGAAAAAAAUGGACAGAGGGAUGUACUGAUGUCGGCUGCAUAUUGUUUUUAGUUUGAAAUAAACAUGCUUUGUCUGUUUGAAAAAAAAAAAAAAAAACACACAUGCUUUAGGACUGUUUUCUGACCGGCGACUGG